AUCGCCCCGGCGCCGCUGAACGCCCGCGCCGCCGCCCUCGGAGCCCGGCGGCCGGGGAGCGGCCUGCCGCGGAAGCCCGCCCGCGCGCCCUCCCGCCCGGCCCCGCCAUGGCGCUGCGGCGCCUCCUGCUGCUGCUGCUGCUGCUGCUCUCGCUGGAGUCCCUGCACCUGCUGCCCGGCGCCCGCGCCGCCCGCGGCCGCGCCGCCAACCGGACCCUGAGCGCCGGCGCCGCUGCCGUCGGGGGCCGGCGGCCCGGGGGCGCCCUGGCCCGCGGCGGCCGGGAGCCGAACGGCACCGCCCGGGCGCCCGGCGGCCCCGAGGCGGGGAGCCGGCGGGGGCAGCCCGCGGCGGCGGUGGCGGCGGCCAGCGCGGCCGUCACCUACGAGACGUGCUGGGGCUACUACGACGUGAGCGGCCAGUACGACAAGGAGUUCGAGUGCAACAACAGCGAGAGCGGGUACCUGUACUGCUGCGGCACCUGCUACUACCGCUUUUGCUGCAAGAAGCGCCACGAGAAGCUGGACCAGCGCCAGUGCACCAACUACCAGAGCCCGGUGUGGGUGCAGACGCCCAGCACCAAGGUGGUGUCGCCGGGGCCCGAGAACAAGUACGACCCGGAGAAGGACAGGACCAACUUCACCGUCUACAUCACCUGCGGGGUCAUCGCCUUCGUCAUCGUGGCCGGCGUCUUCGCCAAGGUGUCCUACGACAAGGCCCACCGCCCUCCGCGGGAGAUGAACAUCCACAGGGCUCUGGCCGACAUCUUAAGACAACAGGGACCAAUCCCCAUAGCACACUGUGAAAGAGAAACUAUCUCAGCUAUCAAUACCUCUCCCAAAGAGAACACACCGGUCAGAUCGUCCUCCAAAAACCACUACACCCCCGUGCGUACGGCCAAGCAGACUCCAGGACAUUAUGGGAAGGAUACCCACCGAAGUGGAGGACCCGAUCUCCAUAACUUCAUCUCAUCUGGAUUUGUCACGUUAGGAAGAGGACACACGAAGGGUGAUCGCCAGUAUAACCAUCCGAUUUUAAGCAGUGCUACCCAGACCCCUACACAUGAAAAGCCACGGAUGAACAACAUCCUGACGUCGGCCACGGAGCCCUAUGACCUCUCCUUCUCCCGCUCCUUCCAGAACUUGGCCCACCUGCCCCCCUCCUAUGAGUCUGCGGUGAAGACCCACCCCAGCAGGUACUCAUCCCUGAAGCGGCUAACUGACAAAGAGGCUGACGAAUAUUACAUGAGGCGGCGGCUUCUGCCUGACCUGGCCGCCCGCGGCACCCUCCCCCUCAAUGUCAUCCAGAUGUCCCAGAAGCCCUUACCGCGGGAGCGGCCCCGCCGGCCCAUCCGGGCCAUGUCACAGGACAGGGUUCUGUCCCCAGAGCGGGGCCUGCCCGACGACUUCGGCUUGCCCUAUGACCGCAUCCUGUCCGACGAGCAGCUGCUCUCCACGGAGCGCCUGCACUCCCAGGACCCGCUGCUGUCCCCGGAGCGGACGGCCCUCCCCGAGCAGUCCCUGUCGCGGGCCCUCUCGCACACGGACGUCUUUGUGUCCACGCCCGUGCUGGACCGCUACCGCAUGACCAAGAUGCACUCCCAUCCCAGUGCCUCCAAUAACUCCUACGCCACCCUGGGCCAGAGCCAGACGGCCGCCAGGCGCCAGGCCUUCGCCUCCCGCAGACACAACACGGUGGAGCAGUUGCACUACAUCCCGGGCCACCACACCUGCUACACGGCCAGCAAGACGGAAGUGACCGUGUGACUGGCCGGGCGGGGCGGGGCGGGGCCGGGAGCGGAGCCCCUAGCCGCGUGUGGCCGCCCUGCCUUGUCCCGUCUGCAGGAGGUGGGGGCGGGCCGCCUCUGCCCAGAAAGCCAUACGCCGGGAGACACGGCCCCGGUGGCCUGGCCGGGCACACUCACACCUGGGAUCUAGAGCGAUCUCUCUCACUCUUCCAGAAGCAUCCAGGGGAGUGAGGGGAGGGGCUAGGCCCCAGCCCCGCCUCCCCCCGCCCCACCACCACUAACUCCCUUCAGCCCCAUGUCCCUCCCCCCCUGCAGGUUCUGUCGGGCCGAGAGACCCUGGCCUGACCUUGGUCCCAAGCCCCCCAUCCCCUGGGUUUGGACUGGCCAGCAGGUGCAGUCAACGGGCUGACCAAAUAGGCUACUUGGUCUCAUUCAUUUCCCUUCGACCGCAUCACAGAAAUCUUCUAGUGCCUACAAACUGUCUGCUUGCUCUCUCAGAGCCAGGGAGCUGCUGUGUCCAUAAGCACAAUAACGUUCUCUUCUGCCUGCUGGAACUCUCUGGUCCCCACCGAGUGGCCCUUCCCCCUGCCCUGCGCCCCUCCCCCAAGCCCCAGGAUAGGGAGGGGCUCCCUUUCUUCAGCUGCCUCCCCCGUUGUGGGGAACCCCCCCCACCCAGUUCUAGCUGGUUGCCCCACCUGCAGCCCCCGCCCCCCACCGACCCCUUCCUCGGGCUCUAGGUGUGUGGCCCCCGAGCUCUCUGGGGCUUUGCUGGAGCCCACCCAGAGGAAAGUCACAAUGGGGUACAGGGACUUUGGGGGUAUCCUCCCCAUCAACCUAUGUCCACCCUUCCUCCAGGCCUCUAGGUCUGAACUAUGGCCCGACACUCAGGCCUGCCUUCCCCUCCUUUGCUCUGCUCCCCAGAGGCCUCUCUGCCCGUGGCCAGAGAGCAGAAGGUGGAGAGAGCCACUGUGAUGCCCCGGGGCCUCAGGGGCUCGCCAUCCCCAUCGCCCCGGGCUCUGCCUGUCUCCCAAGGCGCAGGCUGAGGCAGAGGCCUCUAGGGAGGGUGGCUUGGCCCCCAGUGUUGGAGGACCCCAGGCAGUGGCCUUGAACCGUGCCCACCCCUCUCUCCCCACCGCUGCCCACCCGCUUGGCCCCUUCUCUGUUCAGUGCUCCUUCUCCCUGCCCCCUCCCCACUCCCCCUGCCCUUCCAUUUCUCUCUCCUGGCUGUUGCUGCUUCAGACCAGUGCCUCUUCUGGAUCAAAGCAACAGAGACCCAUUGGCAAAUGCAGACAAUGCUACUCCAGGGCUCUGGGUCUGGGGGUUAACUGGGCAGCUCCCCACCCUUCCCCUGCAGGGGGUACUCGGGCACCGGGCGGACCCAGGCCUUCAGCUCUAUUGGGGGACUGGCCCCUGCCAGCCCAUCUCAGCCCCUUCUCUGCCUCCAACGUGGGCAGUGGGCAGGGUGUAACAGCCUCCUGGAGAGUGAACCGUGAACUAAGCAGCAUCCAACUCCCGAAGACCAGAGCCUGGGGGGAGAGAAGGUCUCCCCCAUUCUCAGGGCCAGGGCACUUCCUUGGGCUGGGGCGCGGGGAAUCAGCCCCAGACUGGCAGGUAAAGGUAUGAUACAAAAAUAUACGACUGUCGCCACACUCGGACUCCAAAAGCAGUGACCUUAAACUGGGGUUCUAGGUUCCCCCAGUUCUGCAUACAACAUGUAUGGUCCUUUAACACGGGGGUUGGGCAGGAAGAACCCCCCCACCCCCCACCCCAGCGUCAGCCCUUGGAAUUUUUAAUCUCACCACGUCUACGAUCCACCGAAAACUCAAUCGACUAAGUCCUUUUACUUAUUUCAAGAAUUCCAAAGCUCUUGUCUCCCCCUCAAGGCUCAUCAUGAGGGGAUUAAGGCUGGAGGUGGUGAACACAGCUCUCAGCUUCCCCACUGGGGGAGCAUCACCGAGACUGUGAGGCUGUGAGGACAGGGAUCACUCUCUGCUUUCCUCCCCUACAAACACAUAAACCUUCUCAAGGGGCUGGUCCCCAAGGUUUUAUGAGCGUUUGUUCUGGAAGGCAAGGCUAAGAGGGCUGGGGGGAGGAAGCCAAUCUAAAUGGAGCAGUAGGGCACUCCCAGAGACGAAAGUGUACCUCUCACAGCUGGUCCCCCUAAACCCACUGUCCUCUAAUCCAGCCUCCCCUCUAAGGCUGCCUGCUGGUGCGGAGGGGAAAGGGUGAACAUCCCCUCCCCAGGUGUCUGCACACAUACACACGCCGAACCAGAAACCUGAUCUCAUCCCGGGUCAGAAGCAUCUUGGCACUGAGUUCUGCAGCCGUCAGCAUGAUGCUUCUCCCCUGCCCUGUCUGUCUGCCUGUCUGUCUGUCUCAGGGGCUGUUUGAUAGGUUGAUUCCAAAGCAUUUCUCAUCCCAGCCUUAUUGCUGUCUGGUUCAAAACCUCUGCUGUCAGUCAGAUCAGAAAAUCCUACCUAACGUUUACUUUAUUUAAAUUAUUCUUCUGCUUCUCACUUGGGUCAGGAAGGAAGGGAGGAAGGAAAGAAAGAAAGAAGGAAGGAGUGGAGGGAGGAAGGAAGAAAGGAAAGGAGGGAGGGAGGGCAGGAGGAAGGAAGGAAGGAAGGAAGGAAGGAAGGAAGGAAGGAAGGAAAAAGGAGGAAGGGAGGGAGGGAAGGAGGAAGGAAGGAAGGAAGGAAGGAAGGAAGGAAGGAAGGAAAGAAGGAGAAAGAGAAGUCUACAAACUUGCUCCAAUUCAGUCCCCCAUUUAAAAAUCCAUAAAAUUAUGUCUUCACUGGGAUACAGAAACAUCUCAUUUAUUCAACUUCCCAUCCACGUUUGUAGAACAAGCAAAGCCACAUGACCAGGCAAGCUCACAUAACAGGAAAGAGGAGGUUCUGGGCUGGAACCCAGAUACCCUGACUGCCAGCCCCACCAGGCUGGUGGCCACUAGCACCACUAGGCAUAGAAGGGCCAUCCAUCCCCGUGGUGAAAGCCCUUCUUUCCCAGCAAGGGCAGCUCAGAGCCCUCAACUUCCUUCUGCUUGUUGUGGUCUCUGUGUGUGUCUCCAUUGCUCUGGUGGGAAUGGAUGGGGCUCUGCAUAGGCUCUCUCCUGCCCUGAAGGAUCUCACAGGUCCCCUUGGUCUUUGAUGGCAGUGAAGCUCUCGCCAUCCUUCAUGCCCUUCCGCCUUUCCCGUCUUGCUUCUUCCAGUUAACUCUUGGCUCCAUAAGUUCAUAGGUUACAAAGGAUUUCCCACGAAUUCCUGGAUCCCCCAGACUGGAGUUGUACCCUCGGGACUCCCCAGUGCCUUGGGUGAAAGUUCCAGACUUUCCCCUUAGCUCAAAUUUCUCCCCUCUUUCCACUCUCACACCCAGAAACUCCUAUUUUAACCUCAGUCUUCUAUGCCAUUUCCAGUUUUUCCCUCCUCUCAACUCCCUGGCCCUGCCCUCUUCCUCCAUUUAUCUCCCUCCAUCCCUAAUUUGUUUACCUCCAUCCUGCUAUCCUCUAAGUUCUAAAACUUACAGCCCUUGGUGAAAACAAGCAAGGAAUGACACAUUCUUCAAGACUUCUGUUGGCCUCAUUGGUUUAUCCUUCACCUCCUGCCCCCACAAGAUGAUUCUCCAGGCCAUGCAGCCAAGGGCUCUACCUCUCUGAUCUUUGGGAGGUUAGGGAGAGAAGCUGGCCUGUCGGAGACAUCAUGGUUUGACGGUCAGCUUUGGUUUCUGCAGCUGGAAAUUCCCUGAAGCUCCUGCCCAGCCUGCCACGAGCCCAGAGGCUCCUGUUCUGGCCAAAGAUUCAUAUCCUUGGUGGCUCUCGGCCACUCUGCCACCUUGCUUACAUCUGUCCUGCUCCUAUGUGUCACGGAUUUUCCCCCUUUCUCUCAAAAGACGGGAGAGCCUCAUGACUCUCCAGGCGUGGAGAAAUCUCCAUUACCAGUAGCCCUGCCACCAAAAAAUCCAUUUUUCUUCAGAGAUGCUUGGCCACCAGCCUUCCUUCCAUCCUCAGAUCCCAUCCACACAAGUGUGGACUUGACCCGAGGUCGUCUGAAGGGGCUGCUGGUGACCUGGACCCUAGACAUCACCACCUGCUCUGAGAAGAGUUGACAUGUCACCUCCCACAGACAUUCCUUCCACUGUCCUCCCUGAACCUGGGACAUUUUGCUCUGGAGUAUUUUCAAGGAAGCUUGUUGUGUUUUAAUGAAGUAUUUUUCAGGGUUCAAAUGUUAUUUUUUAUAAAUGCAGCAUUUUAAUGACAGACUCAAUAUGAAAGAUAGGUCUUCCUGGGCUCUAUAUUUAAUUUCACAAGGCAGCAUGCCACAGGAGGGAAAAGCACAGGGCUAAGGCUCUUGGGGACAUGGCUUUGUCUCCAUCUUGCUGUGUGACCAAGGACGAGUCAUGUUCCCUCUCAGUGCCUCAGUUUCUCAUCUGUAGAACGAGGGGCUUUGACUAGGUGAGCCUUGAAGUUUCAUCCAGCUCUUACGUCCUAGGGCCUUCAUUCCCCAUUGGCACCCCCUCCUUUCUUCACGUUCCUCCCCACCUCAAAUGAGCUGCACACAUAACGCCUGCCCCAUGAUGACAUCCUCAGAUGCCCUGGGUGGCCACUAGCCCCCUCGCUAGAGUCUUGAGGUGAGCUCCAUGGUCUCGGCCACCCAGAGAUGCUCAUACCUGCAGGGGUAAGGCCCUACCCGUUCAACAGGUUACCAACAGCGUUCACAAAAGCCCUCUCGUAUGGACACAUCUAAAUUAUCCCGGGUGUCUGUGUCACUGAGGCAUUCCAAAUUUGAAGUGUUCAUUGUGAUGUGGUCCUUGAAGCUGGAGGGAGGCGGUUCUGACUUCCGAGAGAGGCCAGGCUGGAGGAGACAGGCCCAGAGGGUGCCCCACAGGGGUGUCAGGUUUGUAUUUGAGGACAGCUUGGAAGUGCAUUUCAAGCCACAGAGGAGAACACACGGCAAAAGGUCCGUGUUGAAAUGGAUGUUCUGACUCCAGAACCCGGGUCCUGAAGACCGAGUCUGGACACUGGGCUCCAUUCCCACUGGAAGAGGGGGAGGCAUCCCGCCCUGGGCAGCUAGGAGGUGGGCACUCACCCCAGGCUAGUGCUUUUCCAGCCCCUCCUGGUGACACAACCGUCCUCCUGGUGAAAGCUCGCGAAGCAAGAGCUGAUGGUGCAAGUCUGCAACAUCAAACCCAUCUUGUAAAUCGGCCAACCCAUCAACCUCCCAUCCGUAAGAGAAAUGGCGUCGUAUGUUUCCUUAACACCUUCUCUCCCGAGGGAGGGGAAGAACCCCCCCCCCAACUUUGCUGCCCACUCCUGCUGUGCCCCGGAAUACCACUCCAUGAGAGGACUUGUUCAUUUGCUUCGUAGUGGCAAAUAUUCCUCUAGUUCUGUAACUCAACUAGACAUUUUGUAGUAAAGAAUUCUUGAAAUUCUCUAAUAAAAAGCAAUUCUUACUGUAAUAUUUUUAGUUUGGGGACACAAUUUCCUAAGGUGUGGGGGGCGGAUUAAUGAACAUUUAUACGCAUUAGCCCAAUUUACGGAUUCCGUGUUUAUUAUAUGGUAGUACUGAUGAAAAGUACCUUUCUAUCUGUACCUUUACACAGUUUCUCCGUUCCUCGUAAGGAAGCUUCACGAUGAGCAGUGCUCAUGCACCUGCUGUUUCUGUACAGAUCUUAGCGUUCACUUACUUGUCAAAGCACAUUCUAUAUGUACUGUAAACAGGUAUCCCUUUAGUAAGAUUUAGUCUUAAGGAUUUUUCCACUUUUGUCAGUAACAGAUAUUUAUGGAUUAAAAGAAAUAAUAAAGCCGUUUCAACAUAA